AUGGAGGAAGUAAUCCACGAGCUUGCACGGCAGUUAGAGGAGGCAAGGAGGCAAAUGGUGGAGAAUGAAAGGCAAAGCGCAGCAGCAUUGAGAGAGCUGCGGUGGCGAAUGGAGGAGAGGGAGGGAGAGCUGGCUAGGGUGAAAAGGGAGUUGAAAGCUGUGAAAGGGGAAUUGGAAGCAGUGAAAGGCGAGCUGGAGGCGGCGAAAGUGGAGUUAGAAGUGGUGAAAGGAGAGUUGACAGAGAAAAGAGAUAGUUUAUCAAGGGAGAACGAGGAGAAAGCAGAUGUGAAGGAAGAGGCAGGCAAGGAGAAUCCGAGUAUGAAGGAGGAGGCUUAUGAAGAGAAAGUAGAUGUGAAGGAAGAGGCAGGCGAGGAGAACCCACGUGUGAAGGAGGAGCCUUAUGAGGAGAAAGUAGUUAUUAGCGAAGAGAGGAACAAACAAAGGAGAGAAGUGGAGUGGGACGGUGUGGCAGCGGGGAAGCGGCAGCGAAUGGUGGAUCAUGUUCACGGGAAUUUUCAUGCAGCGCAGCAGCCGAGGAAGAGCGAAGGGGCCAACAAGGCGUUUUGGCAAUGA